UAUCUGGAACAUAUUCAGAAUUACUAGUAAUGUGUCUGCAGGUAAUGAACAACUCAACACUAUGGAGGCUGUAUGCAGAAGUGGCUGCUACUGAAGAACCUACUCCUGAAAACAGGACAAAGAUAGCUCAGUAUCUGCAACAUGCGUACAGAGCUGGCACUCAGGGCUCCUGGGAAAGGGAUACUGACACCUGUCUACAGGUCAUGGAUCUCUGCAUGGAUUUGGCUGAAGCUUAUAUUCAGUGCAGUAUGCGGCAUUGCCAUUCAAAUGAGAAGGUCCAAAUGCUAUCAUCAGCAAAACUUCCUUUAAAAAGCGUUCUCACAAAGAUAGAGAAAGAACAGACAGACUUGGUUACCAGAGAGCUCCCAGAAAGCUUAGCUUCUAAACACAAGUCAUUAUUAUCUUGGUAUGAAAAAAUUGUUGAUGAAAUCCAGAGACUGCAGGCCAGUUGAAAGAUGUUUUAUUAAAAUGUUCUUUAUAAAA